CUUGGGGACGUGGCGCCGCCGCCCGCCCAAGGUUUUUUCCGGCUGGACUAAAGGCCUUGGGGAACCGCUUUGGACCGAGCGGAACGGUGCCAGGGGAGACUGCGGGACUCUCGACCCGCUGCAGACUUAGGAGAUGCCUGAGACAAGGAGACCCAUUUCUCAGGGCAAAAAGAAAAGGAGGUGACAGGCACUGAGACCACUGAAGGGAUCCCAUGGCUAGGAUCAGUUUUUCCUACCUCUGCCCAGCCUCCUGGUACUUCACUGUGCCCACAGUGAACCCAUUUCCCCGCCAGAGGGUGGCAUUCCUAGGACUCUUCUUCAUAUCCUGCCUCCUUUUACUUAUGUUAAUCAUGGACUUUCGACAUUGGGGUGCUUCAUUGCCACGAGAUAGGCAAUAUGAAAGGUAUUUGGCUCGAGUAGGGGAGCUUGAAGCAACCAACACUGAAGACCCAACUCUAAAUUACGGACUUGUCGUGGAUUGUGGCAGCAGUGGCUCCCGGAUUUUUGUUUAUUUCUGGCCAAGACAUAAUGGCAACCCUCAUGAUUUACUGGACAUUAAGCAGAUGAGAGACCGCAACAGCCAACCAGUGGUUAAAAAAAUCAAGCCAGGAAUCUCUGCAAUGGCCGACACUCCAGAACAUGCCAGUGAUUACCUUCGUCCUCUGCUGAGCUUUGCUGCUGCUCACGUGCCUGUGAAGAAGCACAAGGAGACCCCUCUUUACAUCCUGUGCACAGCAGGCAUGAGGCUUCUCCCUGAGAGAAAGCAGCUGGCUAUCUUGGCUGAUCUGGUGAGAGAUUUACCUCUGGAGUUUGACUUCCUCUUUUCACAGUCUCAGGCAGAAGUGAUCUCUGGGAAGCAGGAAGGAGUUUAUGCAUGGAUUGGAAUCAACUUUGUUUUGGGAAGAUUCGACCAUGAGGAUGAAUCAGAUGCUGAGGGUCCCCAGGAAUUGGCAACAGGGCGCAGAAGGACAGUAGGGAUACUAGAUAUGGGAGGAGCCUCUCUCCAAAUUGCUUAUGAAGUUCCUACCUCAGCCUCUGUCCUUUCUCCGAAACAGGAAGAAGAAGCAAAGAUCCUGCUGGCUGAAUUCAACCUGGGCUGUGAUGUGCAACACACUGAACAUGUGUACAGGGUUUAUGUCACAACCUUCCUGGGUUUUGGAGGCAACUUUGCCCGGCAGCGCUAUGAAGAUCUUGUGCUGAAUGAAACCCUUACCAAAAAUAGGUUGCUGGGCCAGAAGACAGGUCUGAGUCCCGACAAUCCAUUUCUGGAUCCCUGCCUGCCCGUGGGACUCACAGAUGUGGUGGAGAGGAACAGCCAGGUGCUGCAUAUCCGAGGAAGAGGAGACUGGUCUUCUUGUGGGGCAAUGCUGAGCCCCCUGCUGGCUCGCCCCAACACCAGCCAGGCCUCGCUGAAUGGAAUUUACCAGUCACCAAUUGACUUCAAUAACAGCGAGUUCUAUGGUUUCUCUGAGUUUUUUUACUGUACAGAGGAUGUGUUACGCAUCGGUGGCCGUUACCAUGGGCCAACGUUUGCCAAGGCUGCUCAGGAUUACUGUGGCAUGGCUUGGUCAGUCCUAACUCAGAGAUUCAAGAAUGGUCUCUUUUCAUCACAUGCAGAUGAGCAUCGACUCAAAUAUCAGUGUUUUAAAUCGGCUUGGAUGUACCAAGUUCUUCAUGAAGGAUUCCAUUUUCCCUAUGACUACCCACACCUGCAGACAGCCCAACUGGUAUAUGACCGAGAAGUUCAGUGGACACUGGGAGCCAUUCUGUAUAAAACACGAUUCUUACCCCUCAGGGAUCUACGGCAAGAAGGUGUCCGGCAGGCCCAUGGUAGCUGGUUCCGUCUCUCCUUUGUCUACAACCACUAUCUCUUCUUCGCCUGUAUCCUGGUGGUGCUACUGGCCAUCAUCCUGUACCUUCUGCGGCUACGCCGGAUUCACCACCGACAAACUAGAACCUCAGCUCCAUUGGACUUGCUGUGGAUUGAGGAAGUGGUGCCCAUGAUUGGGGUACAGGUAGGGCCAUGAGGCCGGACAAGGACAUAGAAAGCUCGAGUACCCCAGGGUUGCUGCCCAUUGACUUCCACCACUUUCUUGUACCGGCCUCAGAUGCUGCUUUGCCUGACCUUGGGAUAUUUGGCCUUGGAAUUUCUACCUUAAUAUCUACUUUAAUUCCUUCUCAGUAUCCAGGUCCUCUUCUCUAAGAGAAACCGGAAUUUAGUCUGUGAAGAACUAAAUAAUGAGAGUUUGGUGCUAACAAAGAGGACCGACCUUAGUCCAACUGAAGCAUGCUUCUACUCCUUUAUCUGAGAGGUCUAGUGUGUUCCUGGCAUCUAGACCUUGCUAAAGCAUGAAGUUUGACAUUCAGCAAACUGGAAGCCUGGUUGAAACCAAAUUUGGAGCAUCUGAUACAAAGCCGAAGACAUUCCAGCAAGUGUAGCAGCCCCUUCUUUCUCUGUAACAGAGAUAUCGUUUAUGUGGAGAUCCACACCCUUUCAUAGGGAUCCAAGAUAUUUGCAUUUCGCUGAAACAGAUAUGAACUUCCAGGCAACCAAAAUAACAUAGUUUCUUUGCUUACUUGACAAAGAAGCCGUUAUGAGUGUGGUCCAAGAUCCCUGACGUAGUGUUGCUGAUGUUGAUUAUUAUAUGAUUUUAAAAGGGUUUAGAACCCCUUCUAAAUGAAUGGUCAAUCAAAGAUUUUGACAGUAUCUUAUGUGAUACCUGGUAUGACCAGGAUAGAAAACGUUUCUAUGACUAUAUGCCUCACCGGCUGUUUGGGCAUUAAUUUUUCUUUUUGAGCCUUAAGUGUGCUUGUAAGAUGGAGAAACUGAUAGGGUUGGAGAUCUGGAUUUGUCUGGUUUUAAGUCACUGUCUCUAGGCCUAUUUUACAGGAAAACAAACAAAAAAAAGAGUUAUUUCACUACGGUCAAAUGUAGUUUGGGAAGGGGGGUGUAUUUGUUGUUUUUAAAGAAGGAAAGAACAACAGUAUCAGGAGAAUGGGCAAAGGCAAUAAAAUCCAAGGUCUUAAUUUAUUAAUGUUUUCUGAGAAAUAGAAAUUUUCCCAAUUUGACUCUUGGAAUGUCUGAAAAGAAGCAAAUUCUAAACUUUGAAAAACAUAGAUAUAUCUGUUAGUAAGCCACGUGGCAUCUUUCAGAACAUUUGUAAAGAGUUUGCUCAGUCACAGACCACAUUUCCAUUAAUGAGGAGAGAAGAAAGCCAUACGAUUACAUUUUAAUCCACUACCCUUCAGGAGCUUUGUUCCUCCUCUACAUGUAGCCUUUAAAUCGCAUGAGGAUUUCUUUUUCAUCAACUCGCAUCUUCCCCUAUGGGAUCUUCUUCAUACUUCAUCCUUCCCUGUAUGCAGCCUUGAAUGUCCUGCCCAAGAAUAUGCUCCCAGACUUGAAAUAGCUUUCUUUUCUGUCACUUUAUUUUUACGAUUAGAUGAGUAGAGGGAAUCAUCUCUGCCUUUAAUGGGGAAAAAGUUGGAAAUAUUAAAACAUAAAUUUCCACACUGGGAACCUGAAGGAAUUAAAUGCCUCAUAAAACAGAGAAAAAUAAGCCGAGAUCCUCCUAGAAAUAAAUUGAGAUGAAAAUAAGUAUGCUGUUAGUUGGUAGGUGAAGAGAUGAUGAGUCUUAAAUUGUUUUCAAAUUAAAUAAAAAUGGAUCUAGCAAAAGAGUCUUAUAGUUCCCUGUGGAAAUAUUUUUUACUUUUCAUUAGGGUUCAUGUCACAGCAAUUUCCUUUAAUUUUUAAGACUUCUAAAUUUCCUUGAUCUUCUUUGACUUCUUAUCUUUGUGUCACUGCAAGUGAGCCCUCGCCUUGUGAUGGCUGCUUAUAAAUAAUGUCCGAAUGUGUUUUUUGCUAGCCAAUGCCUCCUGAGGUACUUUCUUUUUCCCUCAUCUUGGUUCCCAAAUACUGUUUUUUGGUUUUCUUGUAAGAUCUGGUCAAUGAUCUUGUCAAAAGCUACCUAAUUGGCUAAUAGUGAUCACAUUCGUGUGCUCAAAAUUUAGCUGAAGCAGGGAGGAGGUGGUGAUGAGUCCAGUUUGAAAGCUCUUAUUAAUGAAGUUAUUCUUCCUCCUGGUUAUAACAUUUGUUAAGCAUUUCGUGUGUAUCAUAUACUCUUAAGAAUUUGUGUAUAUUAUUUAAUCAUUAUGACAGCCUUUCAGAUUGAUACUACUUUUUGUGUUCUUUUUAUAAUUGAGAAACUCAGGAUACCCUAUGCUUAUCAUUUUUUCAAUGUAAAUGUAUUUCUUACUCUUAAUUUAUUCUAAAUAGUUUUUGAGUUUUCGUUUAGUGUAUUAUAUCCUGUUUAUUACUUUGAUCUUAUGGGAUCUGGGCUUGUCCUUGUUACCAUGAGUAUGACUUCCCAGAAACCCAUGGUAGAAAUGUAAGAAGCACAGAUUUUUACCAUAUCCCUCAGAAAAACUUAUAUUUGUUGUUGAUAUUGGUUCCUGUGCUUCUGUCAUUUGUUCCCAAUUAAUAAUUUUGCAUGAAAUCUCAUUAGCGAGAAACAUAAGCCAUUUGUUCUCCAAGAGCCAAUUACUUCUACAUAUUGCUGUCUCCUAAGAGUCUGUCUCCCUUAUAGAACCAGUCUACCUUGCCUCUACACCUCUUUUUGCCCUCGGUUGUUAAAGAUUUUUUAAGAUCUCUAUUGCAUUUCUGCACUUUUCAGUAGUCUCCUUGUGAAGAUAAUUACAGUUUCAUUAAAUUCACAUCCCACUCAUUCCUUUGAAUCUUACCAGCCAGUCUUCUUGUUACCAGAAAAAUGAAUCUGAACUGCUUUAGUACUUUUAUCAUUAGUGAGACAGGUCACAGAUGUCAAAAUCAGAGUCCGUGCUGAUAGGAGUUGUGAUGCUUUAUUAGCCUUACGAUGGCACAACCCAUCACUUUUCUCUGACUUCUUAUUACUAGAACAUAAUGAAAACAGGUAUAAUACUCAGUUAUAUAGCAUUACAUUGACUUAAGUUGCAGUUAACUCUAAGCCAAAUUUUACCAUCUUUGUCUCUGUACCUUAACUCCUUGAAUUGACUUUCCUUGGUAUAGGGAAUUUAGUCACUUUCCAACAACCUUGUGUUUAUCCUUUAAUGUCAUCCAAAGGAUUCUGCCUCCCUCUCCUCAGCCUGACAGCUUUCUUUAACUUCCAGGGCCUUAGGCUGUGAUUAUUAAAAUGUGGUUGAUUGAGUCUGCCAUGCAUCUGUUAAGCUCAUCUUUUUAGUUAUUAACAUUUAUUAUCACAUCCACAUUUGUGUUGUUGAAGUAUAGUUGACAUAUACUUGUUUCAAGUGUGGAACAUAAUGACUCUAUUUGUAUACACUGCAACAUGAUCACCACAAUGAAUCUAGUUUCCCCCAUCACCAUAUAAAGUUAUAUGACAUGCAACAGAGUGUUAUUGACUGUAGUCACCAUGCUGAACGUUACAUCCCAUGACAUGACUUAUUUAUUUUAUGACUGGAGUUUGUACCUCUUGACUCCCUUCUUCCAUUUUGCCAGUCCUCCUUCUCCCCUGACUCUGGCAACCUCCAGUCUGUUCUCUGCAUUUAUGAGUUUUGUUGUUUUUUUGGUUCCACAUAUAAAUGAAACCAUGUGGUGUUUGUCUUUCUCUGACGUAUUUCAUUUAAUGUAACACCCGCAAGGUCCAUCCAUGUCACAAAUGGCAAGAUUUCAUUCUUUCUUAUGGCUGAAUAGUAUCCCUCUGUGUGUGUGUGUGUGUGUGUGUGUGUGUGUGUGUGUGUGUGUGUGUGUGUGUAUGUACACAUCUUCUUUAUCCAUUCAUCCAUCAAUGGACACUUUGGUUGUUUCCUUAUCUUGGCUAUUGUGCAUAAUGCUGCAGUGAACAUAGGAGUGCACAUGUCCUUUUGAAUUACUGCUUUUGUUUUUGUUUUUUUUUUUUGUCUUGUCACCAUUUUUAAAAAUUUUUCAUAUUAAAUAUAAUUUAUUGUCAAAUUGGUUUCCACACAACACCCAGUGCUCAUCCCAACAGGUGCCCUCCUCAAUGCCCAUCACCCACUUUCCCCUCUCCCCCACCCCCCAUCAACCCUUGGUUUGUUCUCAGUAUUUGAGAGUCUCUUAGGUUUGCCUCCCUCCCUCUCUCUGCUUUCAUUUUCUUCAGAUAAAUAGCCAGAAAUGAGCUUGCCAGAAAUAACAAGAAAUGGAACAUGGUAGUUCCAUUUUUAGUUUUUUGAGGAACCUCUCUACUGUUUGCCAUUGUGGCUGUACCAAUUUACAUUCCCACCAAAAGUGCACAAUAGUUCCCUUUUCUCUACAUCCUCACUGACACUUGUCAUUUCUUAUCUUUGUGAUAAUAGCCAUUCUGAUAGACGUGAGAAGAUAUAUCUCAUGGUUUUGAUUUGCAUUUCUCUGAUGAUUAUUGAGCAUCUUUCAUGUACCUGUUGGCCAUCUUCAUGUCUUCUUUGGACAAAUGUCUCUUCAGGUCCUCUGUCCAUUUUUAAAUCAGAUUGUGUUUUGUUACUAAGUUGUAGAAGUUCUUUUUAUAAUUUGGAUAUUAACCCCUUAUCAGAUUUAUGAUUUGCAAAUAUCUUCUGCCGUUUAGUAUCUUGCCUUUUUAUUUUGUUGAUGGUUUCCUUUGCUGUGCAGAAAUCUUUUUAGUUUGAUAUAAUCCCAUUUGUUUAUUUUGGUUUUUAUAGUCAUUGCCUUUGGAGUUAGAUCCAAAAAAUUAUCACCAAGAAUGAUGUCAAGGAGCUCACUGCCUAUGUUUUCUUCUAGGAGUCUUAUGGUUUCUGGUCUUAUAUCCAGAUCUUUAAUCCAUUUUAAGUCAAUUGUUGUGUAUGGUGUAAAAUAGUGGUCCAGUUUCAUUCUUUUCCAUGUGGCUGUCCAGUUUUUCCAACACCAUUUAUUGAAGAGACUUUCAUUUCCCCACUGUGUAUUCUUGCCUCCUUUGUUGGAAAUUAAUUGACCAUACAUUCAAAGAUUUAUUUCUGGGCUCUCUAUUCUGUUGUAUUGAUUGAGCGUCCAUUUUUAUGCCAAUACCAUAUUGUUUUGUUUACUAUAGCUUUGUGAUACAGUCUGAAAUCAAGGGGCAUGAUGCCUUCACAUCCAUAUUUUCAUUUUUGAAAUAAAAUAACUUCUACUUAUCGGUAUUAUCUAAAUAGAUGCUCUCCCUACCCCUAUUAACAUGCUUUUGUUUUGCUUUUUGUCAGGAGUGAAAGACAAGUGGGUGGUAUGAUUUAAGGAAAAGAAGACUGGACUUUACAAAUAGCCGGUUUGGAUUCUUAGUCCUGGCUUUGUCACUGACUAGCUCUGGUACUCUCUAGACAAGUCACUUGCCCUCUCUGGUUCUUUUUUCAUCUAUAAAACAAGGUGGCUAGACACGAUGCUGUGAGGCUAGUUCCAAAGGAAGAACUGUUGGCCUAAGGAACUAAAGGCAGGAGAAAAUGUAGGAAAAUGGUAACAGUUUCAGGAACAGGAUUUUGGCCUUUGGUUUAAAAGGACAGGAUGACCAAGAGAGCUGGUGGUCCCCUCCUACUUUAUCACUGACAUUAAGGUUGAUGGGAAUGGAGUUUCCAACAGCAAUCAUUAUACAUAAAUUUCAGAGGAUGAGAUUUUUACAGCUGGGAUUUUAGAGUUCUGUCUUUUGUUAACCCCUUGGGUUUUAUGAAUGAUAAAAUUGAGGCCCAGAGCAGUAGUAAUAUGUGCAAAGUCUGAGUGAAUGGUCUCCUGGAUCCAGUUUUCUCUGGUUUCUGUACCACAGACACACACCUUUGACAGCUCCAAUGAAGUUCUCAUUGACAGAAUCUUCCUGCAAGAUUGUGUAUUUCAAAGGAAUCUAUUCUUUAUAAUACAGCUGAUUACAAGUAACCAUGCCCAAUCUUUAUAACUGCUUCUGACAUUCAUUUGUGAUGGCUUUGCUCACAUUUAGGAAUAAAAUAUGAAAGAAACACUUUGUUAGAAAUGGCACCCAGUUGUUACCACAUUUAUUCUACCUUCUAUAUUUCUUUUAAUUCUUUUACAUUUUAGAUGUUUCUUUUAAACAAUUUGCUUAAUUUUGUACAAUUUUCUUAACCACAGCGUCUAAGCAAUUCAUUUGAUGGUUAUAAUCAAAAUUAUUUAAAGUAUAAAAUGCCUAUCAGAUCUACCUCAUUAAUGAACUUGGCUGUAUUUCUUGGGCAGUUCUCAGACUCCGUUACAGAAACAAAAUGCUGUUUCUCUUUGCUGUCUUUAAACUUCUUUUUGUGCUAACUCAGAACUAGUAUCUAAUUUCCCUUUGUGCUGUGGUAUAUGAUAUGACUUCAUUUGGGAUAAAGAAUUAAGGUAGAAGUAGCAAUAGAUACUUCAGAUUCUCCCAGAUUAGCUUCUUAGGUCAUGCUUAGUGUGAGAGUCCUGCCGGUAGGGCCAUAUGCUCUAACUUGUGAGGAUUUUGUUGGUGUUACAAAAAAUAUUAGUUAAAAAAACAAGAACUCUUUUAUUAUAUACUAAUAGACUUCCCUUGUAUUAUUACAUAAGUGUUUUUCUUUUGCUAUAAUUCAUUAUUUCCAGUUUGUCAGUACCAUUAUUAGAGGGACAGAGGAGGUCAACAUCCGUUGACCCUGUGUUUCUCUGGAAGUCUGAGCACUAAGGAGAUCCUUUUAUUUGUAAAAUUGAGUUAUUACUCAUAAGGGUUUUUUACUUUUAAAGUGUAUGCAAUCAUGGCCUGCCAUUUUUAUAAAAACCAAAGUUGAAAAAAACUUCUGAAUCACAGGAUGUUUAUAGCCAUGCAUGUAUGACUUCAGGCAAGCUGAGGACGUGUCUACUCCUGAGCCUCUCCUUUUUAAGUAGUGCAGCCACUUGUAGACCCUCUGGCAGCCUACCACUCUGGUUCUCCAGUAUUAAGGUAGCCCUGAUGCUUUCAAAGAAGCCCUUCCUGCAGAGGACUUGCCAGAGUUUGGCCUGUUAAAACUGCUCGUGGUGAAGGCUCUGCGCCUUAUUAGCUUCAUAAUGCUUUCUCUGCAAGCAAGGAUCCUAGACAAAUACUUUGAUUUCUGGUAUUGCUGUCAUUAUGUUGUGUUUGAAAUUCUCAUUCCACAAUUCCUCUUUUGUUGGAGCCCUGAAGUAUAUGCCUUAUCUCUGUUAUUUCUGCCUUGAACAAUGAACUUUGCAGUGUUGAAAGGCAUCUUUUUAUUAUGACCCACAGCUAGACACUCCCAUCUCGCUUUCAAAAACUGAAGGCUGCUUAUGUUGCAUCACUUUUGGGGGUUGCUAAGAUUGUAUGGUUUUCGAAUGCUUCACAUUAAAUAAUUUUGCUCAACAGUUCUUAAAAUUCUGUUAAAUACUGUUAUAUCAGUGUUGAACAAAAAGUGCAAUGCAUACUAGAGAUGUAUUGUCUCUUCUGCAGGGACGCAGGUAUAUGUGUUUCAUAUGCCUAUAUAUAACCCACCAUACGUUCCAGAACUGGAAGAAUUGCUGCACAUCAACUGGUUAUCCUAACGUCGUGAUAAUCACUUUAGGCAGUAGCUAAUUGUUACCUCCUCUACAAUGGGACAGCAUUUGUCAGUGUAAGUUAAAAACAAGAAAAUUCUAGAUUGAUAAGAAAGCCAGGUGUUUUCAUUUCUCUUGAUGCUUUAAAAACAACUCACAGAAUUAUUGACAGAUUUUAAGGGAAAUUCAUUUAAUCUUCUAGGUAUAUGAUGACUUAUUUUGAAAGAGGUGUCUGGGACCUCAAUCGGUAAUUAUCCAUUUUCCAUUCAUUCAUGCAAUAUUUGGUAUGUGUUUGGUGCUGGGAAUAAUGCAAACAUAAAAAUAAUUCAGAUAAUCUCCAUUUACCAAGAGCUCAUAGAUAGCCACAAUACAGUUAUAUAGCUAAAUGCAACCAGAAUCGGUUUUUCCAAACUUACUCAUCUUUAAUAAAAGAAAAAUGAAGAAAAACA